AUGGUCUCGCCUACAAGUCUAUCAUCCGGGCGGAGCGCGUUGCAUGCGACUGUUGCGUAUAUACGCAAAUACGCGCCGAACGCUGAUGUGCAAAACUCCACAAAGAACGACUCUGCAGAUUCCAUGCGGCCGAUGCGAGAAGCGAUACCCCCCGAGUUCGGCCACAGCUACGGCGAAUGCCGGGUACCCGCACUCAAGUGCUCUAUCUGUCGUCUACCGGUUAAGAGGCUGGGCUUGAAAUGUAGCAUAUGUCAACACCGCGGCCACAGCGACUGCUACCUUCAACACUACUCCCCCAACCAUCCCGCGAACUCCCGCACGCAUCUUCUUCUCCAGCCGCCGCCUCAAGAGGCAGCACGGCGAGGACGGCCCUUGUCGAGGUUGAGUGCGAUUAUCGUGCCUGAUACGCCUGAUCCACGAGCAGAGGAGAAGGAUGGCGUUGGGGCAUGGGCGUGGGACAUGGGACCGCCAACGCCAAAUCCUGCUCCCGCGCACAGGGCAAGCACGACCGCCGUCACUGACGACGAGUGCAGGUUUCUACAACAGGACCUAAUCGAGCGUGUACUGGGCGCGGGCGCUGUAACGCAGGAGGAGCCGCUUGUGCAGAUACGUGCCCAGCCGACGAACAGGGGAGCAGGGCUAGGGGUAUCCACCUCCCUCUACCCAUCGCCAUACCUAUAA